UCUAGUGGCUGUGAAAACAUCUCAAUCCUUCGAACGUGUUCUUAUUUUGUAGAGCUGUCGUAUCUCGGCGUUUUCGGUCCUUUAGGAAUAUUUCGUUUUCAUUUAUAUAAUUUUAGUUUAACUUAUAACACGCACAAAUGUGAGUCACACUUUACAUUAGCCUGCAUGCUGCCUGAUGUUUUGAAUGCGCCAUCACUGUCUUCACAUAAACAAACUGCCAACGUUGUCGGAGACGGGCAUUUUACUGUGUACCUUUUUAUUACUACAUAGACAUAGUUUUGUAUGGCAUAUACUAUCUAUAAUAGACGUACUCCAUGCACUCCAUAGUGGAGGUCAGAGGUGUAAAGUGUGGAUAUCGCUGUGGCUACUGUGGAAACGCAGGAGGUAAAGCUUCAUACGGCAUGUGGUCCCAUACUAUGACAGUGCAGGACUACCAAGAUCUCAUCGACAGAGGCUGGAGAAGAAGUGGCAAAUAUGUUUACAAGCCGUUAAUGAAUAAGACAUGCUGCCCACAGUACACCAUCAGGUGCCAUGCUUUGAACUUCCAUCCGUCGAAGACUCACAAAAAGACCUUGAAGAAGGUGAACAGGUUCCUCUCCAAAGGAGAGAUGCCAGUAGAGAGACAUGAUGAGGGACUUGAAGGAGAGCCCAUGGACUCUGCGCAUGAAGCAGGUGUUCAACCACCUCGUCAAGACCCUCUGAAAAUAGACCAUAGUGAAGUACAGGAUAUCAGCACCAGCCCAGACACAGACACCACCAACUCAACUGCACCAACAACGCCCAGAGAAGACGCAACGCCCGCCCCAGCAGAGAAAACUCCUAAUGUUACACCCAAAUCCGGUAAGGGAGCCGAUCCCAGCAGGCCUCUGUGUCAGAAAGCUAAGGACAUGAGGAAAGAGAGACAACUUCAAAAGGAGCAACAGAAGCAGCAAGAAGCAGAGUCUUCCUCUGUGAAUCCCGUCCCAUCAAAAUCUUCAUCUAAUCAGCCCAAGUCAUUGGAGGAGUUCAUUACGGAGUUCUUACCCAAUGACCCUCUGCACCGUUUAGAGGUGAGGCUAGUGCGCUCCAACCCUCCCAGUCCACAGUUCAAAGCUUCGUUUGACGCCUCGUACCAAGUGUACAAACUCUACCAGAUGGCAAUUCACAAGGACCCGCCUGACAAAUCUACCGAGAGCCAGUUCAAGAGGUUCCUCUGUGACUCUCCUUUAGAGGCUGAGACCGCUCCUGAUGGUCCUGAUGUGGGCUACGGCUCGUUCCAUCAGCAGUAUUGGUUGGAUGGCAGAAUAGUAGCCGUAGGAGUUCUGGACAUCCUGCCCUCCUGUGUGUCGUCUGUGUACCUCUACUAUCACCCCGAAUUCUCCUCGCUCUCACUGGGCACCUACUCUGCUCUCAGGGAGAUUGCCUUCACCAGGCAGUUGCAGCAGCAGUCGCCCAAACUUGCCUACUACUAUCUGGGUUUCUACGUCCAUUCGUGUCCCAAGAUGCGCUAUAAGGGUCAGUACCGGCCUUCAGACCUCCUGUGCCCUGAAACCUACACUUGGGUGUCCAUCGAGAGAUGCAUCCCCCGCCUUGAGAUCUCUGCCUACUCUCGUCUCAGUGAGAACGCCCAGGGAGGUGAUGCUUGUGCGCUGAAGGAACUGGGCAGGGUGUUAGUGCUCCACAGGAGGACAGUGAUGCCCUAUGCGGCCUACGCCCGUAAGCGGAAGGGUUCGAACGACGAGAAGGAAGUGGAGCAGUAUGCUAGUUUGGUGGGCCAGACGUGUGCAGAGAAAAUCCUGCUCUACAGAGCCUAGAGUCCAUUCAUACCUUACAAACAUCUGUCUCACUCUUUCUCUCUGUCUUUCAAAACAUGUAAGUGUUUGUCCUCUUGUACGCUUGUCUGUUUAUUGUCUUCCUGAUUGUUUAUUUGUCUGCUGUUUCCUCUUCCAGAAUCUGUGUGUACAGUUUUGUUCUUUUUUUUUUUUUGUACUGCUGUGCAUUGCUUCACUCACCCAGGCUGUCGAAAUCUCUUUGAACUCUACUUUUAGAUUUUCUGGCCAGCAGCGCUUUAUAAUAAUCACACUCGCACACAUGCAACACGCAGCCACGCACAUGUUAUCUCAUAGUGUAUCCCAAAAAUAUUACUCAUUUACAACUCCCCCAAUCACAUCUUAACUAGCCAUAUAACAAGAAACGAUGUGCGAUAGGGCAAACUCUCAUUCUGAAUCUGUUUGGUUGGGUAUUUCUAGACUGUCGUGACCCUGAAACGUUUGGCCUUUGGUGACAUAGAUCACCGCUUUCCCAAAGUCUUAAAUGUUCCCGAUAUUCAUGUUCUUCUUAAGUGACUAAUACUAUCCAAAGCGGCUGCUGUGACACAUGGUCAUACGUUGAAAGACUUGUUACGGGCUUUGCUGGAGGGUUGAAUCAAUCCAUAUUCCUGUGGAACAGAUUUUUCUUUUCUCACUUUGUCUUUCGGUUGACGUAAUAGCGUGAGUGCUUUUAUUUUAAUAUUAUUAGUUUCUUUCAAA